AUCGUGUAGGAUGCCGUCUGGUUUGUGAAGUUUUAACAGGAUGCAUACAACACGAAGCCCCACGUCCAUCUCGACAGGCGCCCCACAUGAUGCCCUGGACCUCAGCCUGUCCGGCUCCCAGCUCCCCAUGUCCAAAAGACCCAGCAGUGCGUCUCCUGGGAAGUGCUUCUCUCGGUCUGUGUCUGUGGCCGGUGACAGCAGAGGGAAGCGCAACGCGCUGGGUGACGCCAGUACCGGUAGCUCCCCCUCCAUCAAGAAUUUGAGGCGGUCCAGCAGCACCACACAGGUCAACCAGCAGGCCAACCUGAGCUUAAGUCUGAACCGGAGCCAGGACUACUUGGCUCUUUUUGACAGCAGCUCAGAUGGACGCAAGAAACUGGCGAGCCUCAGCAAGACGUCGCCAGAGAGAACCACGUGGAACGUCCUGGACGAUCAGCCGAGAGCAUUUCCGUCGCACUCGAGCUCUCGCAGCACCGGCAGCGUGGACUCGCUCACCAGCCUGAAGAAAAAAGAACCGGGCAUCGGUCUGGCUGCCACCUUCACUGCUAACAACAGGAGCAACAAGGGAGCGGUGGGGAACUCCGUCACCACCAUCAUGCACAACAACCGCUCUGAGAAGCCGCUCACACCUAAGAGCUCCAACCAGAAGCCUUCGUUCAAUAACAUCCUGAAGGCCACAGCCAACGAUGAAGGUAUGCUGGAGAACAGCUCCGUUACAAAGUCCCAGAAGAAUUUCUCUUCCACCUCCAACAACAGAUCUCCGGUUUCGGGUCCACGCAGCAGCCCUGUCCCGCCGCGGAGGAGAGAGGUCACCGAGGAGGAGGCGGAAAGGUUCAUUGAGCAGGUGAACCAGUCCGCAGUCACCAUUCAGCGCUGGUACAGACGGCACGCCGAGAGGAAGCACAGCAGCCAGGCAGCGCUCAGACAAAUCCUCACCCAUAAACGAAAAGAGUUGGAGGAGAGCAAAGAGGAGGACGGUCAGCUGGAGCAGCAGCAGAGGAAGGCUGAAGACAGGACUCGGAUCCGUGAGGAGAAGGCUCGACUCGCCCGUCUCGCUGCCAUCCAUAAGUCGUUGCAGGAUAAAGGAAAUUACAGCGUUAAAGGAAAAAUGAAACAUGGCGCUCCGCUGAGUGACAUGUCCUUUUCGUCCUCCCUGGCUGUGGUGGCCAUCUCCUUCUCCGGCCUCUUCGCCUUCGUCUUCCUCAUGCUGGCCUGCCUCUGCUGUAAGAAGGGCAAGAUGGGCUUCAAGGAGGACACAGCAGAGGGUGAGAGUCAACAACAGAAAAGUGACAUGAAACCGAUCCAUAAAGAGAAGUCUCGCCUCUCUGCCCCCCAGCAGAACUCUUCUGAUGAGCUGCAGCAGCAGAGAGCUGCAGAGGAGCAGCACCAGGUGGAGCUGGAGAACCUCAGGCAGACGAGUGCAGCAGGACGUAAGAAACUGAGGAGUUCCACGAGCAGCAACAGCCUGAAGCCACCUGCAGACACCAAAACAAAGAACACAGACUCUCAUUUGAGUGUUGUGGCUGAUGGAGGUGGUCUCAGCUUCAGAGCAGUUUCUCCACCUUCAUCAAACCGCAGAGGAUCCCAGGAGGUCCUGCAGAGGUCCGUGAGCGUGGAGGACCAGGGUCAGGGAGUCCAGUCCAGCAGGCCUCAGUCUAAAACCACCCUGACUGAGCUGCUGGACUCCCUGAAGCUGUUAGAAGAAGAGCCGGAGAGACUGCCGGAGCCGAGGGUCUAUCAUAAGGAGAAGUACGCCUGGAUAGAUCAGGAUGGAGACUCGAACUCACUGACGGCUGACAACCUGGAGCGUCACGGCCAGCUGAGCCAGCACCCUGCGCUGCCAGACGGGGGCGCUCUGCUCUCAGAGGCCAAGCUGCAGAGCAUCAUGACCUUCCUGGACGAGAUGGAGAAAUCUGAGCAGGAAAGGCCUCGAUCUGUCACGUCAGGGUCGCACAGAGAGGCUGUGCUGUCUGAGGAGGAGCUGGGAGUGGAGCAGUCUGCCACUGCUGCCGAAGUCACUGGUUCCAUGAUGAGGAUCAAACUGGAGCUGGAGGAGAAGAAAUGCACCGUCAGCAUGCUGCAGGCAGCUCUGACUCAGCAGAGGGAGCUGACGGCGAGGCACGUGAAGGAGACGGAGAAGGAGCUGAGCACAAACUUCCAGCUGCAGAAGGAGCAAUACGAAGCCACCAUCCAGAGACACCUGACUUUUAUCGACCAGCUCAUCAACGAUAAAAAGGCUCUGAGUGAGCGCUGUGAAGGUGUGGUGGCCGAGCUGAAGCAGGUGGACCACAAGUACACCAAGAAGAUCUCCCAGAUGCAGCAGCAGCACGAGAUGGUGUGGCAAAUUCUCGGCCCCUUGUGUGAGGAGAUCAAAAAGUUGAAGGACCUGAUGAGCGCCACGGAGAAGAUCCGCAGAGAGAAAUGGAUCGAUGAUAAAACCAAGAAGAUUAAGGAAAUCACAAUCAAAGGGCUGGAGCCAGAGAUCCAGAAGCUGAUUUCUAAACACAAGCAGGAGCUGAAGAAGCUGCGGACGCUGCACGAAGCCGAGCUGCUGCAGGCUGACGAGCGAGCGGCGCAGAAGUACGUCCGUCAGAGCGAGGAGCUGCGGCUGCAGCUGGAGAAGGAGAAGCAGGAGGAGAGCCAGAGGGAGAGGGAGCUGGCCAAACAGAGGUACGAGAAGCAGCUGCAGGAGGAGGAGUUGUCCCUGCAGCAGCAGAGGAGGCGUCUCCACAAGGAGGUGGCUGAUGAAAAGGAGAGGCUCGCUGAGCUGGCUGCCAGGCAGCGCGCCGAGCUGGAGGACCUGCGGAGGCAGUUGGAGGAGAACAGCUCUCUGUCUGGACGAGCCCUCAGGGAGGAGAUGGAGAAGAGCCGAGAGGAGCAGGAGAGGAGGCACCAGAUGGAGAUGAAGGUUCUGCAGGAACGACUGGACAUGGAGAAACAAACGUGGGGAGAAAACUACAAGAAGCAGGAGGAAGCGUGGAUGCUGAGGCGCGAGCGCGAGCUGAGGGAAGAGCUGCGGCGAGAACGGGACAAGGAGAUCGAGCUCGCCAUCUGGACGCUGGAGGAGGAGACGAGCAAGGACAAGGAGGAGUGUGAGAGGGCAGCCGACAACAGGGUGAAGCGUCUGAGGGAAAAGUUUGAGUCUGAGCUGAAGGAGCUGGAGCGCUCGGAGAGAGCUGCCGUGGAGAAACAACAGGAGCUGAGGAGGCAGCAGGUGGAGAUGGAGGGGGAGCUGAUCCGCCUGCAGGCCGUGCUCCGACAGAAGGAGCAGGAGGUUGAAGACGUCACUCAGAGCAGAGACGAGCUGGCGGAGGAGCGCUGCAGCCUGGCGGCCGUGAUAAGGCAGGAGUUCGCAGACCGCUUAGUAACGACGGAGGAGGAGAACCGCCGGCUGAAGGUGGAGGUGUCCGAAGUGCGAGCCAGACUGCGGUUGGAGGUGGAGCGAAUCACCCGGGAGAAGGAGGAGGAGCUGGCUGAAGUCCACCACCGAGUGAAGUCGGCCAUCUUAAAGAAAGAGGAAACCGUGAAUAAUCUCCGGAAGCAGCAUGAGGCUGCUGUGAAGAGGGCUGAUCACCUGGAGGCUCUGUGGGAGCAGCAGAGGAAACAGCUGUUGAAGUGACUGACAGGAAGGCCUGGUGCCCCCCCCCCCCCCCCCCACCACCACCACCACCUGUUGUGUUUGGAGGUAUUUUUCUUCCUGCAAGACUCGACCUGUGGGAGUAAAGACGGCUUAAAAUGUGACCUACCUCAAUUGGAAAAAGCAGAAAUGUUCUGUGUUUGACUGUAAGGCCCCUCCCCCCCCCCACUUCACCUCCCCCCAGGCAGGAGGA